AUGAACCUCGACUUACCACCCAACGCUGCAUGGGCAGCCAAUGCCAUUGACCCCAAGAAGAAGAAAGCUUCGUCGUUUUCUUCUUCUAUUCUCCCACCCCCUCCUCCUCCUCCUCCAACCAUUCCUCCUCCUCCUAAACCUCCCAUCGCCGCUCCAAAGCGGAACUCGGGAAUGGCCUUUACAAUGGUACCAGGCCUGGCCAGCCAACCAUCAACUUCUUCUCCGGUUCCUCCUGCUCCUCGUCCCGCGUCAGCGGCAGCACCAAUUGCCUCGGUUCCUCCUCCUCCUCCUCCUGCUGUUGUCGCCGCGCCAAAGCGCAAUUCUGGCAUGGCCUUUAAAAUGGCACCAGGUGGCCUGACCAGCCAACCAUCGACCUCUGCUCCUGUUCCUGCUCCUGGUGGACGGACGAGUACUCGCGCUAUAUCAAUAGCUUCGAGGAAAUGGAUUGGGAUUGGUCCGCCGAUUACUUGGAGGAUCUUUGUGGGCUUCUUUAGAUACCCAUACCCAUGGCUCCUCACCGCCUGGCACGCUCUCUGCUCAUCACUGGGCACCUAUGUUUCGCGACGACUCAAUGCUGCACAUUCCGAGCAUCGCUGUCACGAAAAGAAUCAUUACAUUUUGAUGUUUUCGAUUCUGUACACGGUCAAUAUUGCCGUUAGUAACGUUGCACUCGGCCUCACCACCAUCCCAGACCACCAAACCAUCCGCUCCAGCAUCCCCUUCUUCAUCCUCCUCCUCAACCUCCUCCUCUACCAUCACCUACCCACCCCCCUAACGAUCCUCACCCUCCUCCCCCUCACCCUCGGCAUACUCCUCGCCUCCGCCUCAUCCAGUACUCUCACCCCCGCCCCCCUCGCCCUCACCCUCCUCAGUUCACUCCUCUCGGCCCUCAAAACCCUCAUUACCCACUCCUUACAAACGAGUCCUUCACUGUGCAUCCCGCCCCUCGCCCUCCUCCACUCCAUCGCCCCCCUCGCCGGCAUCCAAGCUACUAUCUGGUCAUACAUGAACGGGGAAAUCGACGAGUUCCUCGUGAAACAGAUUUUCGCCCGCACAUCAACUUCCACAUCCACAUCGACCCUCACAUCAACCCUCACCCCCAAAAGUACCCCACUCCUCUUCCACCUCCUCCUCAACGGCCUAACCGCCUUUCUCCUCAACUACUCCAGCCUCACCACCAACAAGAAAACCAGCGCCCUCAGCAUGGCCGUCCUCGGCAACAUCAAACAAGCCCUCUCGAUUGGCGCUUCCGUCCUGCUAUUUCGCCAUGGCUACACGGGGUUUACGCAUAUAUUCGGUGUGUUAUUGGCGCUUGGCGGUGGGUUUCUGUAUAGUGUGAUUGAGGUCCGGGCGUUGGGGAAUGGGAAUGCGCAUUUGAAGGAGAAGGGUCGUAUUUCUUCUGCUUAG